AUGCAUACAGAGUAUUCGGAGAUACACUUCACCGUCGUCGAUGGAAAUGUUUUGAGUAUAACUACUUCAUUUGCUUUCGUGUCUCAUAUCAGUGAAGGAGUCCUUAUCACUGAAGGAUGCUCCCAAAUUGUCUCCAUGAAAGCCCACGAAGAGACUUGUCUAAUAACAGAUGGUAUUGAAAGUUGUACCUUUAACGAAGCAAUGCUAAUCUCGCUCCAACCCCUACAACAAGAAACCUGCAUCACACUGAAGGACCACGACAGUCACCCGCUCGGCAUAGUAUCGAUGAAGGUCAAUGGCAUCCAGUUUCAGUGUCGGAAGAACAUCGAGUUUUUCACUCGAGAUCACCACCUGACCUCUGAAUCCGUUCACCGAUGCUACUCUGCAGGAAGCUGCAAAGAAGAUGCAUGCGAAAACACGUCAGCAACCGAUAAAAUCAAGGAAUUUUCGUUCACAGCAAACAACAGUCCUGGGUACACGUUCUGUUCACAAAGUUGCGGAUGUCUAACAUGUGAUGGCUGCUUCUUCUGCCAACCGAGCUGCCUUUUUUACAGGAUUUUCGCUGUACCAACCACUACAACAGUUCUCAUAGGGAACAAUUGUUCCACAACUACCAAUAUUAGCGUCGACAUUCGCAGAAACGGACUAUUCCACCUCAAUUGUCAAACCUGCUCAUCGAGGACAGCUCACACCUCACAGCAUUGGACAAUUGCAAUGCUCUACAACAGCACGCAGAUCUGUUCAACUGUUCGUUCUCCCAUAAUGCGUGCAAAUGCACUCAAUGGUCUGCACAAGGCGUCAUGUGUCUGCAGUCCUGGUAGCGUCGCGGAUCUCAUGCUACAAUCGCCUUUACCACAGACUUCCAAGAAUUACAUCAUCUUCUCCGACAACAAAAAUGUAUUCGCCAAAAUCAAUGUUGGAUCAGCUCUACAAAUACACUUCGUAGCCGAAAAUAUGAAGGUAACAAGUCGUCAAUCGAACAGCACCUGCACCAUCGAAGCAAGCGAUCUCAUCGGAUGCUAUAGCUGCAUCGCAGGCGCUGAACUGACUCUCUACUGCCAAUCCACGAAUAUCGAAUGCCCCUUCCAGACGCAGAUAGCACGCUGUACUCCAACAGGCUACAUCAACACUCUCAAAUUCCACUUCGACACUUCCACAGUCUCUACUGAAUGUAAAGCUUCUUGCCCAGGAGGAAUCACACCCUUCACAAUGAAAGGAUCACUACACUACGUGGACGACAACCUCAUUAAGAGCGACCUACACUCAGAAGGAGAAUCAAGAGACGUUCCAAUGGACACAACAUUUUUGGAAGAUCUAUCCUCUAAAGUUAAUAAUUUCAUUAACAAAAUAACAAGUCUAUUUCCUAGUAACUUCAUUGUAAACACUUUACUCUAUCUUUUGUUAACUUUCUUCGCCAUCCAAUUUUUUUAUCGCACUGUAAUGCUUUACGUGGCCUCCAAAUUUUCCAAAAAGGACCAAUGA